GGCGGCGGCGGGGCCAUGAGCGGCUCGAAGGCGCGCGCGGCGGCGGCGGCGGCGGCGGGGCCGGACAAGAAGCCGCCGCCGGGGGUCGGCGGCGCCCUCAGCCGGCUGCGGGGCCGGCGCGGCUCGGCGGACGCGGCUCCCCCGCGGGCCGGAGCGCCCUGGACCGAAUCCGAGCUGCUGGCGCUGGAGACCGUGCGGCCCGAGCACGUCCUGGGGCUGUGCCGGGUCACGGAGAGUUAUUUGUGCAAACCCGAAGACAACAUUUACAACAUCGACUUCACCAGGUUCAAGAUCCGGGACCUGGAAACGGGGACGGUGCUGUUUGAAAUCGCAAAGCCGUCCGCCGCAGAGCAAGAUGAAGAAGAUGCAGAUGACAGCGGCGAGCUCGAUGCCAGCGCAGGCCGCUUUGUUCGGUACCAGUUCACCCCGGCAUUUCUCCGUCUUCGGACUGUUGGCGCAACCGUGGAAUUCACAGUGGGAGAAAAGCCGGUGUCAAACUUCCGAAUGAUUGAGCGACAUUACUUCCGAGAUCGCCUGCUGAAGAACUUUGACUUCGAUUUUGGCUUCUGCAUCCCCAGCAGCAGGAACACGUGCGAACACAUCUACGAAUUCCCUCAGCUCUCGGAAGACCUCAUCCGCCUGAUGGUCGAGAACCCCUACGAGACGCGCUCAGACAGCUUCUACUUUGUGGACAACAAGCUGAUCAUGCACAACAAGGCUGACUACGCUUACAACGGAGGGCAGUAACUGUUACAUGUGCUGUGCUACUGCGAGCCGUUCCGGAUAUCCGGAGAGGGACCCGAGUUACUGUCUCGUGCAGCAAGGCUUCUCGCCAAACCUCUUCUCCUCGUGUGAGACUGAAAACACGAAGAAAAGAAGGCAGCUCAUGAAAGUAGAGGAAACCUCCCUACAGCGCUUCCCUAUGCAACAUUCCCAUGUACCCUGCCUCUGUCCUGCUCCAUUCCUGGAUACCUUCUGGUACCUUGGUUAGGUUAUGGAUUGGAGGCUCUGUUAGAAAAUUAUUGCUGUUACUUUUUUGUUUUGUUUUUAGUUAGUUUGCACUUUUAGUGCUUCAGGUGUUUGACCAGUGGAGUGACUGAUUACCCUCUUGUGAGAGGUCAGAUUGUUUCAGUAAGUUGUUGCUUGGCAUGAAAAUUUGCCCCCUUCAGUUAGGCAGCAGCACCUGAAGAGCAGAUCCCUAGCCCAGUUGGAUAAUGGCCUUUCACUGCGCAGUGGUUUAGUCUGUAGCAUGACUGGGUUUGCUUUGUAGGGUGCAGCUUUAUGUUCCCUGGUGGGAAGUAAGAGACUGAUUCAUGUUCUAUGCAGUGCAGGAAUCUUCCUUCUGCUUCCAGGAGCCUGAACUGCUCCUGGGAAUUGCUUUAUGUGUAUUUUGCCAGGGAUUCCACUAGAAAUGCAAGAUAAAAGAAAAAGGGAGUUAAUCCAGGUUAGUCAUUGAGUCAGUCUGAUAAUAUUUCUGUUUUGGCUCAUUUGUGUAAAUUGUCGAAUUAUGGAGCUUGGGGUCAACUUUAGAGCUGAAGUUAAUCUCAGUUUGUUUCUCCUGCUUCUCGUGUGCAGGAUUUGAGGCUCUCCUUAAAGGAGGAAUGUCUUCAGGCUGGCAACGUGUUGUCAGUCUAGCUGGGGUGUCCUAGUGUCCUUGGAGAAAAAAGGAGAAUGUGGAAAUUCACCUAAGAAUGUGUGGGAAGUGGAGCUUCCUAGGCUUCCAUCUUUGUAUGCUUUUUAAGCCUUUUGGACCUGAAUGAUCCGUCUCU